UUCUGUCAUCACAGUGUCAGGCACGACCGAGAACUGAGUUAAAAUUUGUCCAGAGUUAUAUCAUCACUUGGUAUCAACUAUUUUAGGUGAAUUUUAGACUCGGCAGGUCAACAGAACGAUGGCUGCUAGACGAUUUCUGUCAUCACUUUUCCCGACCGUGAAGGCUCAGGAAGAGGACAUUGUCGACCCACAGGGUGUUCUUCGGGAGAAAUGUGCCGAACACGGUCAGGCCCCACGAUUGUGGGAAAAGUACCAGGCAUGCAACGAUCGCGUCAACAGCCGAUCGAACACCACCGAGACCUGCGUUGAAGAACUGUUCGAUUAUUUGCACGAAUUGGACCACUGCGUUACUAAGACCGUGUUCUCCAAGCUGAAGUAAAUCCAGCAGACUUCACCUAAAGAAGCGAGAUGCUGAGGAUUGUUCAUAUAGUUUUAUCAUUACCUUAUCGGAAGUUAAUCGGAGCAGCAUAGCAAUGUCCAACAAAUUGGUGAGGUCAUAGGAAUACCCCAAUUGAGAACAUGUUCAAACAUCUCGGUUAAUAAAGCCUCCUAUCGGACAGGA